GAGACCAUGAUCAUCCUCCUCUUCCAGAAGUGACGUAUCAUCAACUCGUGCCUGCUUGUUGAAAACGCUGCCUACUUCUACUGUAUUUCGCCGUCGAUCGGACCGUCAAUCAAAAACAUCCAUCAAAUAUAUACCACUUUCGCCGAUCAAAUCUACUUUAUCACACACAGAGAGAGACAAACGCAACACCGAGAAAUAAAAGGCCAAACGACGUCCAGCCCACCACAACAACAAUGGACGACAAACCGCUCCCGCAAAGACGACCCUGGAAGACAUUCACCAUCUCCAACCCGGCCAGCUUCGGCCCGGACAACCUCGAAAUCCGGCUCGACGACCGCCCGCAUCUCUGGUCCACCACCCGCAACGUCUUCAUGAAAGAACCCUGCAUCGAGAUCGAACCCGCCGCCUCUUCGUCCGCCUCCUCCUCGCUCCACCCAGCAAGCCGCGCCCUCGUCGCCAGCGCCAAACUCAUCCCGAAAAGCCACGGCUGCCGGAUCCGCCUCGGAGGAGAUGAUGCGUCGAAAUCGGAGAAACCGUCGGCGCAGUGGGAGCUAGUCGCGUGUGCGAACCCAGAGCAGGGGAUCUACAUGUUCAACAUCAGCGGCAGCGCCGUCCUGUGGCGACGUCUCCCGCUAAUAAUGAGCAGCGACGAGGACGUCGAAGCGGGGCCGCACGACGCCGACUUCCACGGCGCAAACUCGGCCUCCUACGAGCUCAUCGACGCAAGGUCCUCCACCGUCCUCGCCCGGUAUACAUCAUCAUCGUCGUCUUCGGCGCCCCUCGACAACAACAACGCCAAUGAGAUCCCCACCAAAGACCAAAUCGCACAGUUGGAUUUCCUCCUCGAAGUGGGCCCCGCCGCGGAACUUCUCGCAUUGGCGUCGAUCCUGGCGAUCCAGCUUCGUCUCCGGAGGAAUCGUCGCAAGAAGCGGAAUCUCUCCAUGUCUUCGAUCGGCGGAGGCGGCAGCGGCAGGAACCGGAGGAAGGAUUCGAAUCUUUCUGUUUCUUCUUCUUCUCUGGGGGAGAAUAACAGGGGCGAAGGGGCCGCGAGCAACAGUGAGAUGGAAGAUUGAAAAAAAGCGAAUAAAGAGAAAAAGAAAAAGAAAAAGAUCCAACGUUACGAGGAUGGAAUCCCCCAUUUUCUGUUUUUCGGAUUUCUUUUGGCGCUUUUUUAA